AUGGAGGGGUCAAGUAUCCUCCUCAGGGGUCAACCUCGGCAGAACAGGGGUCUGGGGUUCGAUGUCGAAUAUGAUCUCAGUGAGAACCAGAUUCAAGGGGUUCCCAGGAAAGCCUUCAGGGGAGCCGUAGAAAUAAAGAACCUCCAGCUGGAUUAUAACCAGAUCAGCUGUAUAGAGGACGGAGCGUUCAGAGCUCUACGAGACCUGGAAGUACUAACUCUGAACAACAACAAUAUAAGUCGUCUGUCGGUGGCAAGUUUCAACCACAUGCCCAAACUGAGAACCUUUCGUCUCCACUCCAACAACCUGUUCUGCGACUGUCACGUGGCCUGGUUGUCAGAGUGGUUGAGGCAGCGUCCCCGUCUGGGUCUCUACACACAGUGCAUGUCCCCUCCUUCCAUGAGGGGACACAACGUGGCUGAGGUCCAGAAGAAAGAGUUCGUAUGCACAGGCCACCAGUCCUCCCCCUCCUGCAGUGUUCUCCAGUGUCCGGACUCCUGUACCUGCAGUAACAACAUAGUGGACUGUAGAGGAAAGAGCCUUACUGAGAUACCUGACAACCUGCCUGAGACCAUCACAGAGAUUCGGUUGGAGCAGAACUCUAUCAAGGCCAUUCCUGCUGGAGCCUUCUCUCCUUACAAGAAGCUACGCAGAAUAGAUCUCAGUAAUAACCAGAUAUCAGAACUGGCACCAGAUGCUUUCCAAGGCCUGAGAUCUCUCAACUCUCUGGUGCUCUACGGGAAUAAGAUCACGGAAAUCUCCAAAGGAUUGUUGGAGGGACUGUUUUCUCUUCAGCUACUGCUGUUGAAUGCUAAUAAGUUAGCGUGUCUGCGUGUCGAUGCGUUCCAAGACCUCCACAACCUCAACUUGCUCUCUCUAUACGACAACAAACUACAGACCAUCGCUAAGGGAACCUUUGCUUCACUACGAGCCAUACAGACCCUCCACCUGGCCCAGAACCCGUUUAUCUGUGACUGUCAUCUGAAGUGGCUGGCAGACUACCUCCAAGACAACCCGAUUGAGACCAGCGGAGCUCGCUGCACCUCCCCCCGUCGCCUCGCCAACAAACGCAUCGGACAGAUCAAGAGCAAGAAGUUCCGAUGUUCAGCUAGAGAACAGUAUGUCUUCCCAGGUACGGAGGACUACCGCAGUAAGCUGGGAGGAGACUGUUUUGCCGACCUGGCCUGUCCUGAAAAGUGUCGAUGCGAAGGGACCACGGUUGACUGUUCCAACCAGAAGCUGACCAAGAUACCUGAGCACAUCCCUCAGUACACACAGGAUCUUCGUCUGAACAACAAUGAGUUUUCAGUGCUGGAGGCGACCGGAUUCUUUAAGAGGCUGCCUCAGCUCAAGAAGAUUAACCUCAGUAACAACCGUAUCAGUGACAUAGAGGAGGGGACAUUUGAAGGAGCGACAGGAGUCAAUGAGUUGAUUCUGACUUCUAACAGACUGGAGAACAUCCAGCAGGGCAUGUUACAGGGUCUCAACGGACUACGCACACUUAUGUUGAGGAGUAACCGUAUUAGGUGUGUCAGUAACAGCAGCUUUGUGGGUCUGAGUUCUGUCAGACUGCUGUCACUCUACGACAACUUGAUCACCUCUAUGACCCCGGGAGCCUUCGACACACUACACGCGCUGUCCACACUGAACCUGCUGGCCAAUCCCUUCUCCUGUAACUGCCACCUGGCAUGGCUUGGUGAUUGGCUGAGGAGGAAGCGUAUCGUCACGGGCAACCCCCGCUGUCAGAACCCUUACUUCCUGAAAGAGAUCCCUAUACAGGAUGUAGCCGCACAGGACUUCACCUGCGACGACUGUAAUGAUGAGAACAGUUGUAGUCCAGUGUUGAGGUGUCCUGCAGAAUGCAGCUGUCUGGAUACAGUGGUCCGCUGUAGUAACAAGGGCCUCAGCACCCUGCCUAAAGGACUGCCCAAGGACACUACAGAACUGUAUCUGGAUGGUAACCAGCUCACACAAGUCCCAGUGGAACUCUCAAAUUACAAGCACUUAACACUCAUUGACCUGAGUAACAACCAGAUCAGCACGUUGUCCAACUACAGCCUGAGUAACAUGACAGAACUACUGACACUAAUCCUAAGCUACAACCGUUUGAGGUGCGUACCAGUCAGGGCCUUCGAUGGACUCAAGUCUCUACGGUUACUCUCUCUCCAUGGAAACGACAUAUCUGUGAUACCGGAGGGAGCUUUCAAAGACCUGGCCUCGCUCUCUCACCUGGCUCUGGGGGCCAACCCCCUAUACUGUGACUGUAGGAUGCAGUGGCUGUCUGACUGGGUGCAGAGUGGGUACAGGGAACCGGGUAUCGCCCGCUGUGCCGGUCCAGGAGACAUGACAGACAAACUACUGCUGACCACACCGUCCAAGAAGUUCACCUGCACAGGUCCUCUAGAUGUGGGUAUCCAGGCGAAGUGUGAUCCGUGUCUCUCCAACCCCUGUCACAACGACGGUACCUGCUCCAACCACCCCGUCACCUUCUAUCGCUGUAGCUGCCCCUACGGAUUCAAGGGUCAGGACUGUGAGGAACCUCUCCAUGCCUGUAUCGGUAACCCCUGUCAGAACGCUGGUACCUGCCAUCUGAA